UUGUUGUUCUGCAGUUGAUUCAGUGUGUUUAGUGAAAAAAAGAACCAAAAAAUCCUAAAGAAAAGGUUAUUUAAAAACCUAAUACAAGAUUAGAAGUUAUAAAAUACAUUAAGGGGCAUUAGGUGAAGUAGAUAUGUGCCUUCAUGGAGAACUAUACAGGAAAAUGUCAGUGUGCCUUCAUAUUGAUUGACGGUGUUGUGUUAUGAUGUCAAAACGUCAAGUUAGGGCGAGAUAUCGCUCACGCACCCCAUUUGUCUGCACAUUUUAACUUACUGCUGUUCUGAAAAUGAUGAUGUCGAUAUUCGCCACAAUCCUACCAACCUGUUGACUAAAUCCAUAUUUAUCACUUAGGCCUACCAGGAUAUCCAUUCUAAAUUUAUUGGAACUGUGAACUAUUACAUUUUGUCGGAUUGUCAAGCCUGACCAGUAAUUAACCGUCUCUAAAUUAUGGAUCCGGCGAUGAUUAAUAAUUUGCCGCUACAAAUAGGAAGUGAUUCCGUGGACGUAAGUGGACUGGCAAAACAAUUAGACCAGAUAAAAGUUCAUGAACUGAAUGAAAUAAGUAAGGAUAGUGUUAGAGCGGGCAGUGUUCAGGGGGAGUACGGUGAUAUAAUAAUCAUAAUCAGGGACAAUAUUCGGUGGCAGAUUCUUGAAACUGUCAACUGCUUCAAGUGUUGUGUACUUUCUCUGAAUAACGGAAGUUAUGUUUGUCUUUUAUCAUAUAACAACACCAGUUUCGUGGUACGCUUCUCUAACCUCAAAGACUUGAUCAAUAUAUUUGAAAAAGUCGCCUACCCGCAUCUCCCUCUCGCUAAAAAUCACCCUUUAAUAAUUUCAAACUGUUCAAGUAAAGUACCCAUUUACACGAUGACCCGAUUUCCUAGAGGCAUUGCAAUGAUCAUCAACAAUGUCGUUUAUAAUGCGCCUGGUUUAGAAAAACGGGAAGGCUCUGGGGUCGAUGUGAAAAAUCUAAAGGACAUGUUUCGAAUUUCGGGCUACAUGACAGUCGUGCAGUUUAAUGAUUUAACUGACAGUGAAAUGAUGAUAGAAGUAAAGAAAAUGGCGGCGGGAGAUCAUCGGGAAUACGACUGCUUCAUUUGCUGUAUCCUGGCGCACGGUGGGCGUGGUACCGUCAAGGGCGUCAAUGGAAAGGACGUACAAUUACAAACGAUUUUCAGCCAGUUUCGAGGACCAAACUGUCCAUCCCUUGUUGGAAAACCCAAACUGUUUUUCAUUCAGGCGUGUCAAGGGUCACAGGAACAGCGCAAUGUCGUAGCACCGCGCUACCAGUCUGACGUCAUCCGUGAUGAAACGCCCGUUCAUAUGGCGGCAGAAGGCGAGGAUUUUUUUAUUGCAUGCUCGACUGAACCUGGAUUCGUGUCGUAUCGACAUCCGGAAAAAGGUUCCGUCUUCAUUACGUCUCUGUCCAAGAACGUCCUAGAACUAUGUGACCACAGUUUGAGUGACAUAAUGCACACGGUCUGUAGUGACAUCGCCAAAGCCAACGAGGACAGUGAAAGGAAACAAGUUCCGUGGUACUCGUCGACCUUAACAAAAACGUGUGUAUUACGUCCAUUGUACGUCAACAGCACUUAACAAUGAUGUAAUGACUCUUGAGGAUAUCGCUCCCUGGGGUAAAUACAAUUUAGGGUUUCCAUCGAUUCGUACACUAACCAGGUCCUUCUCAACCUUGCAGCUGUGUAUGUAUAAAGUAUUUAUAAUUCAGUAUCCCCACUAAAAAUCAUACCACUAUCACAUUCCUGACCAUCACCUUCUGUCUAACUUUUUCGAUCUUGUUUUGUCAGUUUUCUUCAACUCUUCCGAGCUGUCAUAGCUCAUGUGCCCUCCAGCAUUCAAUCUAAUUAAAAUUAGCUCCACAAUUACAUGUGGAUCUAAAG